AUGGCUAGACCUAGAAUGGUGCGAGCGGAUACGCUCGACCUUCAAGACCAUUACGCCCCCUCCGCGAAAGACCAUACGCACGCUGUACACACGAACGAUGGCACCGGCUUAGCUCCUCAUCAAGAGAAGGAACUCCGCCAUGCCGACCACGAUUCCAGAGCGGAAAUUCUGCACGGUCCCACCGAGCACGAUGGAACUGAUAUCUACGACGGUACAGAAGACAUCCAUAUCGGGCUUGGUGUCCAUCGAGACGAGACUGAUUUUGCAGAAGCCGAUGACGGUGACCAUAGCGAGGGUGAAGACGAUGAUUUGUUGGAUGAUGAUCUUAUGGACAAAAUCUCAAGCUCUCCCUCUAUUGACGACGAUGAUAUCAAUUUCGAGUUCGUUUACGCCUUGCAUAAUUUUGUUGCAACCGUGGAUGGACAAGCGAAUGCGUCGAAGGGUGAUAACAUGGUGCUCUUAGAUGACAGUAAUAGCUAUUGGUGGCUUGUUCGAAUAGUAAAGGAUGGUAGUAUUGGAUACCUGCCCGCUGAACAUAUCGAAACGCCCACAGAGAGACUCGCCCGGUUAAACAAGCACCGAAAUGUGGAUCUUUCUGCGACAAUGCUUGGGGACAACUUGGAGAAAUCCAAAAAUCCGCUGAAAAAGGCAAUGCGCCGUCGAAAUGCAAAGACUGUCACCUUUACUAGCCCGACAUACAUCGAAGCCUCUGACAAUGAUUACUCGACAGAAGAAGAGGACGAUGAUGAUGACGUAUCUUUCACGGAUGAAUAUGCGCGGGAGGAAUACGAGCAGCAAGAGGAGCACAAUGAGGCUAUCGUUGUUGAACCCUUGCGACCGAAAACUAAGGCUGUUGAAGAACCGCAGAUCACAGAGCAAGAACCUACUUCCCCUAGUCCAGAAAAGCCGCGCUCAAGCCAGGAGAUUUUCGAACAGGAAGACUCUAUUACUCCUACGUCCGAACCCAACGUCAGCCGUUCAAGAAACGGUACUCUACGAAAUACCGAUUCAUUCUUCAAGGACGACACCGCGGAGACCAAGAAGAUCUCUCUCACUCCGAACCUACUGCGCGACGAGACUGCCCCGGGCGAAUCGAGAGAGCCUCGCAUUAGCCUGGAAGCCCUCGAUAAACUCAAUCCGGACGAGAAGAAAGACGACAAGAAGAAAAAGGACAAGAAAUCCGGGAUGCUCAGCGGCCUCUUCAAGAGAAAAGAUAAGAAAUCCAAAUCCGGUGAUGAUGAAGAAAACAUUGAGAAGCACUCGGGCGAGCUGUCUCGAUCAUCGCCUACUCCAAAAACAUCCAUGGAGUCCGUAUCUUCCCCCGAAGCGCGUCCAACAAAGCAAGCCGGGCCGUCGCGGCAGACCAGCAAGCUUCAGAAACAACAACAAGAGGUGGCCCAGCCAAAGGAAUCACUGGAACAAAAAGAGACAGCCUUGAGAGAACACCAGAGGGAUCAAACAAUACGCCAAGUAGUACUGGACGAAGUCGAAGAGAUUUCUGGCUCUGGCUCGUCUCGUUCCAGACCCUACGAGGUAGAACAGAGCCAGUCGAACACUGUUCGCGUACCAAGUCCUUCAAGGAAGCCAACGUCGCCAACUUCACCGUCAUCGCCGACGUCACCAGUAUCACCCAUCGGAAUUGCAAACCGGCAGCCACCACAAAGCCAAGGACCUUAUACCCACUCUGUUACAUCUCCUCCGCAAAAGUUCCCUCCAAAACAAACCACAGAACAAACCCGGUUCGCGGAAUCGCCUGUCAAUAUACCUUCGCCUUUGGACCGUCAACGCUCGCCUAGCGUGCCGGGUCUAACAACCGACCUUCCCGCUGCUGACGAUGACCAAUACUCUCCGGAUUCACCUCCAUUAUCCCCAGCUGAUACCACGGACAGCAGACGUCCCGAUGCACCGGCAACACCAUUCGAAGCACCAACCCCAACAUGGAGUGAUGCUAGCCUGCGCUCAUACCUAGAGGACGAAAAUGAACUGCGCGAUCUCUACGUCAUUGUCUAUGACAAUACAAACAUCCCCCCCGCCGGCCCUGAGCACCCCAUCACCGGUAACCUGUUCAAGGACGAGAGCAAGAGACUUCGGGAGAUGAACAGCCAGUUAGAUUCUCUUUUAUCAGAAUGGGUUACACGGAGGCUGCGCAGGUCGACGAGUCAAUAA